AUGUGCUGCAACUACUACGGGAACUCCUACGGGGGCUGUGGCUAUGGCUGUGGCUACGGCUCUGGCUACGGCUCUGGCUAUGGCUCUGGCUAUGGCUGUGGCUAUGGAUCUGGCUAUGGCUGUGGCUAUGGCUCUGGCUAUGGCUGUGGCUACGGCUCUGGCUACGGCUCUGGCUAUGGCUGUGGAUAUGGAUCCAGAUAUGGCUGUGGCUAUGGCUGUGGAUACGGCUCUGGCUAUGGAUCUGGCUACGGCUGCCUGGGCUGGGGCUAUGGCUCCUGCUGUGGCUGUGGCUUCCGUGGACUGGGCUGUGGCUAUGGCUGUGGCUCUGGCUAUGGUUAUGGCUGUGGCUACGGCUAUGGCUCCCGCUCCCUCUGUGGCUGUGGCUAUGGCUGUGGCCGUGGCUAUGGCUCUGGCUUUGGCUACUACUAUUGA